GCCACCACGCGCCCGCUGAGCACCCGCCCUGCAGGCACCACCCCAGCGCCGCCCGCCCGUCCCCCAAAACCCGCCGGGGGGUGCCGGGAGGGCGAGGCUGCCUGCAGGGACGGGCGCUGUGUCCCCCGCGAUUACCUGUGCGACGGAGAGCGCGACUGCGCCGAUGGCUCCGACGAGGACGCCUGCGGCACCCUGUCCCCCUGUGAGCCCAACGAGUUCAAAUGUGACAAUGGGCACUGCGCCCUCAAGCUCUGGCGCUGCGACGGCGAGAAUGACUGCGGUGACGGCUCCGACGAGAGCGACUGCCCCACCAAGGCACCUGGUGCAGCGUGCGGACCAGCGGAAUUCCGGUGCGUGUCCAGCGGGAGCUGCAUCCGAGCCAGCUACCAGUGUGACAGGGAGCCCGACUGUCCUGACCGCAGCGAUGAGGUUGGAUGUGUGCCCCCACAGGUGGUGACGCUGCCACGGGAGUCAGUGAGAGCGGUGCCAGGCCAGACCGUCACCUUCACCUGUGUAGCCACCGGUGUCCCCACCCCCAUCAUCACCUGGCGCCUGAACUGGGGACACACCCCCAGCAGCCACAGGGUGUCGAUCGUGAGUGAGGCUGGACAGGGCACCCUGACUAUCCGGGAUGUGAAAGAAGCCGAUCAAGGCGCCUACACCUGUGAGGCCAUCAACACCCUGGGCAUGGUGUUCGGCAUACCUGACAGCAUCCUCACCGUCACCCGCCCUGGGCCAUGUCCCGAGGGCCACUUCCAGGUGACAGGGACAUCCCGCUGCCUGCCCUGCUUCUGCUUUGGUGUCACCACCUCCUGCCGUGCCACCACCCGGCACCGCCACCGCCUCCACCUGCGCUUCAACCAGCCUGACAACUUCAAGGGUGUCAAUGUGACGGUGCCAGCAGCGCCAUCCGCACCGGUGCUCUCGGCCACCCAGCUCCAUGUGGAUGUGGGGACUGAGGAAUUCCAGCUCCUGGACCUGUCCCGUCGCUUCCUGGCUCUAGACGCCUUCUGGGCGCUGCCAGAGCCCUUCCUUGGGGACAAGGUGGAUGCCUACGGGGGAGCACUGAGCUAUGGAGUGCGGUACCGGCUGGGCCGGGGGCCCCCUGAGCCCACCGCCCACCCUGACCUGCUCUUGCGGGGCCACGGGCGGCAGCUGCGGGCACGUGCUGGUGACACCCAGCCAGAUGUUCUCAACCGGCGGCACGUGCCCCUCACCGAGGACCACUGGGAGGACGAGCAGGGUGCUCCGGUGAGCCGGGAGCUGUUGCUGCUGGUGCUGCAGGGGCUGGAUGGCAUCUUCAUCCGGGCGGUGUACGACGGGCGCAUGGCUAGCGUGGGGCUCAGCGACGUGGCCAUGGACAUCACCAGCAGCGUGGACACCGGCCUGGGGCCGGCUGGUGACAUCGAGGAGUGCAGGUGCCCCGUGGGUUACACGGGGCUGUCCUGCCAGCGCUGCGCCCCCCGUUUCGAGCGGGUGACAAGGGGACCCUACCUGGGGACCUGCUCUGGCUGUGGCUGCCACGGCCACUCCAGCACCUGUGACCCCGUUUUUGGGCACUGCUUGAACUGCCAGCACAACACGGAGGGUCCCCAGUGCGAGAAGUGCAAACCUGGCUUCUUUGGUGAUGCCACCAAGGGCACAGCCACCGCCUGUCACCCUUGUCCCUGUCCCUACACUGAGCCGUCUCGCAGGUUCUCAGAGUCGUGCUUUUUGGACACAGAUGGCCAGGCCACCUGCGACGCCUGCGCUCCCGGAUACGCCGGCCGCCGCUGCGAGAGGUGUGCCCCAGGCUACGAGGGAGACCCCAUCCAGCCGGGUGGCAAGUGCACCCCAAUUGGCCAGGAGCUCAUCAAGUGUGAUGCCCGUGGGGGCCAGGACGAGGCAGGUGGCACUUGUCGCUGCAAGCCCAACGUCCGUGGCCGUCUCUGUGACUCCUGCGCCGCUGGCACCUUCCACCUGAGCGCUGCCAACCCCGCGGGCUGCCUGCCCUGCUUCUGCAUGGGGCUGUCCCGCUCCUGUGCCAGCUCCGCCUGGCACCGCCACCAGGUGUUACUCAGCUCUGAGGACUCGGCGCCGCUGCCCCUGGCCAACGCGUCAGGCGCACGGCUGGUGGGGGCCGUGCCGCACUUCGUGUCCCCACGGGAGCUGUACUUCGAUGCCUUCCAAAAGCUGCCACGAGGCAUUCACUACUGGGUGCUGCCUGCACCCUUCGCUGGGGACAAGGUGACAGCAUAUGGUGGGGAGCUGCGGUACACGGUGACACACCGGGCCCCGGCUGGCACUCCCCUGCCCUCCUGGCACCCUGACGUCCUGCUCCAGGGCAAUGGGAUCCUCCUGGAGCACUUCUCCAGUGCCACCUUUCCAGCUGGUGUCCCCACCACUGUCACUGUGCCUAUCCGUGAGGGAGCGUGGCGCCGCACGGAUGGGCACGAUGCCACCCGCGAGCACCUCCUGAUGGCCCUGGCCGACGUGGACCUGUUCAUGAUCCGCGCGUCCUACUCGGAGCAGCCGGAGGAGAGCAGACUGGCUGAUGUCACCCUGGACGUGGCAGUGCCACACGCUGAGCCCUGUCCCACCCCUCUGCCACCAUGUCCCCUCUAGGACUGUGACACUGGCUACACCCGCAGCACCGCCGGGCUCUACCUGGGCACCUGCGAGCCGUGCCAGUGCCACGGCCAUGCCAGCGAGUGCCACCCUGACACCGGCGUCUGCCAGGGCUGCCGGGAUCACACGGAGGGUCCCCAGUGUGACAAGUGCCAACCUGGCUACUAUGGCGAUGCCACCCGGGGCACCCCGGGUGACUGCCAGCCCUGUCCCUGCCAUGGACCCCGUGGAGACACCCAAGUGACAACAAUCUGCUUUGAGGACACUGAUGGGCAGCCUACCUGCAGUGCCUGUGCCCCAGGGCACAGUGGCCGCCUCUGCGAGAGGUGCUCACCCGGGUACGUGGGGGACCCGCUGCGGGGAGAGCCGUGCCGAGUGCCUGGUGUCCCCGGUGUGCAGUGCCAGUGUGACCCACGUGGCAGCACCAGUGAGGGCUGCGAUGCCAACGGGCAGUGUUACUGCAAGGCUAACGUGGAAGGUCCCCGUUGUGCCACGUGCCGUCCCCACCACUUCCACCUGAGCGGGGAUGAGCCGGCCGGGUGCCUGCCCUGCUUCUGCAUGGGCAUCGUUCAGCACUGCACCAGCACUGCCUACGCCCGUGGCACCAUCCGGACGUCCUUUGCCCCAGGGGAUGCCCAGGGGUUCUCCCUGGUGAACCGCCAGCGCAGCACCCACGUGAGCAGCGGCUUUGGGGUGCAGAUGGGGCACCCCCAGCCCCACCUGACCUAUGAGCGCUUCAGGGAGCUGCCCCCUGACUCCUACUACUGGCAGCUGCCACCCCCCUACCAGGGAGACAAGGUGGGUUCCUAUGGUGGUCGGCUCCGCUAUACCCUGACCUACACCCCGGGGGGACAGGGAGCCGCCCUGCCCGACGCCGACGUCCAGAUCACAGGCAAUGACAUCACACUGGUGGCCUACCAGCCCAACCUGCCCCCGCGGACCCCCCAGGCCUUCGAGAUCAUUUUUCGGGAGCAAUACUGGCAGCGGCCGGAUGGGCAGCCAGCGACACGGGAGCACCUGCUGAUGGCACUGGCUGACCUGGAUGAGAUCCUCAUCCGAGCCACCUACUCCACGAGCACAGCCGUGGCCACCAUCGCCGACGUGGCCAUGGACACGGCUGUGCCCCCCCAGCCCGGCUUGCCCCCAGCCCCCGAGGUGGAGGAAUGUCGUUGUCCCCCCGGAUACCACGGGCUGUCCUGCCAGGACUGUGCCCCUGGGUACACUCGCACCGGCGGGGGUCUGUACCUGGGGCACUGUGAGCUGUGCGAGUGCAACGGCCACUCCGAGAGCUGCCACCCUGAGAGCGGCGCCUGCUCCGGAUGCCUCCACAACACGGCAGGGGACUUCUGUGACCAGUGCGCCCCCGGCUUCUACGGGGACGCCAGUGCUGGGACCCCCGAGGACUGCCAGCCCUGCGCCUGUCCCCUCCCAUACCCUGAAAACCAGUUUUCCAGGACCUGUGAGAGUCUGGGAGGCAGCGGGUACCGCUGCACCGCCUGUGAGCCAGGCUACACUGGGCAGUACUGCGAGCGCUGUGCCCCGGGUUACACGGGUGACCCCACGGUGCGGGGACAGCUCUGUGUCCCCGCGGGGCCCCAUCCUGCGCUGGCCGUGCGUGUGCACCCCCCGCGCAGCUCGGUGCCGCAGGGCAGCGCGCUCACCCUGCGCUGCCACGCCGCCGGGGACCCCCCGCUCUACUACCACUGGGUGCGAGAGGAUGGGCAGCCCCUCCCCGAGGGCGCCCAGAGCCGCCGACAAGGUGAGGAGCUGCACUUCCCCAGCAUCCAGCCCUCUGAAGCCGGUGUCUACAUCUGCUCCUGCCGCAACCUUCGGCACAGCAAUGCCAGCCGCGCCGAGGUCAUCGUCACCGAAACCCCCGACAAGCCCAUCACUGUCACCGUGGAGGAGAAGCGGGUGCAGCGGGUGCAGCCUGGGGCCGAUGUCACCUUCGUCUGCACUGCCAAGAGCAAGUCUCCCGCCUACACCCUGGUGUGGACACGGCAGAACCACGGGACGCUGCCGGCAGGUGCCGUGGACUUCAACGGGAUCCUGACGCUGCGCGGCGUGCGGCCCCAGGACGCCGGAGUCUACAUCUGCACCGGCUCCAACAUGCUGGACAUGGACCAGGGCACCGCCACGCUCUACGUCCAGGCUGCCUCGAAGACUCAGAUGUUCUAUGGACCUGUUGAGUUCAUGGAGGGGCACAGACCGGCCGGCUCCGCCAGCGCCCCCACCGCCACCGUGGAGCCGGCACAGCUGAGCGUGGCACCGGGGCAGCCAGCCGAGUUCCGCUGCCUUGGCACCGCGGCCUACCGCGUCCGGCUGGAGCCUUGCCAGCGCGGCGCCUGCCGGAGGAACUGCCGGGGGAACCCCAACUGCCUGGUGGGCAUUGGGGAGCACGUGUGGCUGGGCGAGAUCGACGAGAACAGCUUCCACAACAUCGAUGACCCCAACUGUGAGCGCCGUAAGAAGAACGCGUUCGUGGGCCUGACGAACCUCGGUGCCACGUGCUAUGUCAACACCUUCCUGCAGAUGUGGUUCCUGAACCUGGAGCUGCGGCAGGCGCUCUACCUGUGCCCCAGAGCCUGUGGGGAUGGCAUUCCAAAGGACACAGACUAUGAGCCCCAGACCAUCUGUGAGCACCUGCAGUACCUGUUUGCUCUGCUGCAGAACAGCAAGCGGCGCUACAUCGACCCCUCAGGCUUUGUCAAGGCGCUGGGGCUGGACACGGGGCAGCAGCAGGAUGCCCAGGAGUUCUCCAAGCUGUUCAUGUCCCUGCUGGAAGACACGUUAUCCAAACAGAAAAACCCAGCUGUCCGGAACAUUGUGCAAAAGCAGUUCUGUGGAGAGUAUGCGUAUGUCACGGUCUGCAACCAGUGUGGCAGAGAAUCUAAACUGGUGUCUAAAUUUUACGAGCUGGAGUUAAACAUCCAAGGACACAAGCAGUUGACAGACUGUAUAACAGAAUUCCUCAAGGAGGAAAAAUUAGAAGGGGACAAUCGUUAUUUUUGUGAGACUUGUCAGAGCAAGCAGAACGCCACAAGGAAGAUCCGGCUGCUCAGCCUGCCCUGCACCCUCAACCUGCAGCUCAUGCGCUUUGUGUUCGACAGACAAACUGGCCACAAGAAGAAGCUGAACACCUACAUUGGCUUCUCAGAGCUGCUGGACAUGGAGCCUUUCAUGGAGCAAAAAAGUGGUGUGUACGUGUACGAGCUGAGCGCUGUGCUCAUACACCGCGGGGUGAGCGCCUACUCCGGGCACUACAUCGCCCACGUGAAGGACCCGCAGACAGGCGAGUGGUACAAGUUCAACGACGAGGACAUCGAGAAGAUGGAGGGGAAGAAACUGCAGUUGGGAAUUGAGGAAGAUCUAGCGGAGCCGUCGAAAUCGCAGACCCGAAAGCCCAAGUGUGGCAAGGGCACUCACUGCUCCCGCAACGCCUACAUGCUGGUGUACAGGCUGCAGGCCCGGGAGAAAUCCCUCACAGUGGAGGUGCCAGCUUUCCUGCAGGAGCUGGUAGAGCGGGAUAACUGCAAGUUUGAGGAGUGGUGUGACGAAAUGGCCGAGAUGCGCAAACAGAGCGUGGCCAGAGGCAAGAUCAAACACGAGGAGGUGAAGGAGCUCUACCAAAGGUUACCCGCCGAAGCUGGUUCCCCCUACGACUUCAUCUCUCUGGAAUGGCUGCAGAAGUGGCUGGAUGAGUCCACUCCUCCCAAACCUAUUGAUAACACAGCCUGCCUGUGCUCCCACGGCAAACUCCAUCCCGAUAAAAUAUCCCUGAUGAAGAGGAUAUCGGAAUAUGUGGCCGACUUCUUCUACCGGCGAUACGGAGGAGGGCCCCGGCUCAACGUCAAAGCACUUUGCAAGGACUGUGUGGUGGAAAGGUGUCGAAUCCUGCGGCUGAAGAACCAGCUGAAUGAGGACUACAAAACCGUGACCAACCUGCUGAAGAUGACAGUCAAGGGGAGUGACGGGUUUUGGGUUGGAAAAGCGUCCUUGAGGAGCUGGCGUCAGCUGGCUCUGGAGCAGUUAAACGAGCAGGAUGAAGAUGCAGAGCACAGUAAUGGCAAAAUGAAUGGAAAUGCACAAAACAAAGAUGAAUCAAAUGAAGAGAAGAGGGAGGAGGAAGAGGAGUUAAAUUUUAAUGAAGACAUCGUUUGCCCACAUGGUGACCUGUGCAUCUCUGAAAACGAGCGGAGGGUGGUUUCCAAGGAGGCCUGGGAGAAACUCAAGCAAUAUUUUCCAAAAGCCCCCGAAUUCCCAAAUAACAAAGAGUGCUGUUCCCAGUGCAAGAUUUUGGAGCGUGAAGGGGAGGAAAAUGAAGCUCUGCAUAAGAUGAUGGCCAGCGAGCAGAAGACUUCACUCCAGAAUCUGUUCCAUGAUAAAUGCAGACCUUGCCUGGGCAGCUGGCCUCAGGAGACAGAUGAGCUGUAUAUUGUCUCACAGUUCUUUGUAGAAGAAUGGAGGAAAUUUGUCAGGAGGCCGACACGCUGCAGCCCCGUGUCCUCCAUAGCAAACAGUGUCCUGCUCUGUCCUCACGGGGGGCUCAUGUUCACCUUCGCUUCCAUGACCAAAGAAGACUCCAAACAUAUAGCUCUGAUAUGGCCCAGCGAGUGGGAGAGGAUCCAAAAACUCUUUGUUGUGGAUCACGUCAUCAAAAUCACCCGGACACAGGCAGCUGGGACCGGCCCUGAGAGCGCCUGCUUCACCUCUGAGCCCCAGCUGUGCCCUGAGUGCCGGGAAGGGCUCCUGUGCCAGCAGCAGCGCGACCUGCGUGAAUACACCCAGGCCACCAUCUACAUCCACAAAGUGGUGGAUAACAAAAAGGUAAUGAAGGACGCGGCUCCAGAGCUGAACGUGAGCAGCUCAGAAGCUGAAGAGGAAAGGGAGGAAAACAAGCCAGAGGGGGAGCAAGAUCCUGAUUUUAACCAGGCCAACGGCAGCGCCAAACGCCAGAAGCUGUCCCAGCAGAGCUACAUCACUUACCAAAAACAGGGAAUCAGGAGGAGCACACGGCACCGGAAGGUCCGGGGGGAGAAAGCGCUGCUUGUGUCAGCCAACCAGACCCUGAAAGAGCUGAAAAUCCAGAUCAUGCACGCCUUCUCCGUGGCCCCCUUCGACCAGAACCUGUCCCUGGACGGGAAGAUCCUGAGCGAUGACACGGCCACGCUGGGCAGCCUGGGAGUCAUCCCCGAGUCCGUCAUCCUGCUCAAGGCUGAUGAGCCCAUUGCAGAUUACGCAGCCAUGGAUGAUGUUAUGCAAGUUUGUAUGCCUGAAGAGGGAUUUAAAGGGACUGGUUUACUUGGCCACUAAUGGUUUUCCAAGAGGAGCAACCAGAAGGGAAGAGGAUUUGUCACAUGGUAGGGCAUUAAAAGAAUAAAAACAGGUGGAUACAGUACUUUUUGACUCUUCCAGAAGGCAAAAGUCCAUCAUGAGACGUUUGCUCCCCAAAAAACAAAACAAAUGCCUUAUGUCAAAGCAGAUUGCACUGAAGGACAUCCUGCUUCAGGACAGCGUUCCUGGGUUUAUUUAAUAGAGAACAGGAGGGUUGGGAAGUUGAGCAGCAGUUGGUGUGUUUGGGAUGAGGGCUGGCCCCAAGCCUGGCCACAAAGGGGUCCAGUAGAUCCAGACCACCCUGGUCAUUCUCCAGUAACUCUUUAGGAUAAUCCUGUCUUUGAUCCACUCUUAUGCUUUCAGUCCAGCAUGGAAGCACAGGAAUUGUGACUUGGUGAGGAGUAUCUGGCGCUUUCAGACAACAAAACUUCAUUUACUUAACCUGAAAUGGAAGCUGGGCUCUGCCUCCCAAAGCCUCCCAGUGACUGGGAGCUGCCCCCCCUGCCCUCAUUUCCACACCUUGGACAAUCCACCACCCACCUGGGCUCUGGGAACUGUGGGCUUUUUUAGAAAUGUGGGAUAUUUUAAUGAGUCUGGAGAACAUUUUCCUCCAGUCUGGCGCUGCUGGGAGCGUUCCUGGCUCAGGGCAGUCAGAGCUGGCGAGGGGGUGCAGGUGGCUGCCGUGUUUCCCAUGGGAAGAGCUUUUCCUACUCCUCUCUCCUCAUUUUUCAGCAAUGCACUAAAUUUUUAUUUCUUUUUAUUUUUAAUCUCCCAGCAAAGUUUUCUCCCCAUUUAACAUUUAGCAGGAAAUAGUUUCCCACUUCCAGACUGAUCCACACUGAGCACUGCCAAGGGAUCUCUUUAUUAGAGAUCCUCUUCCUUUCCAACCUUUUCCUUUGUCUCCACAGAAAAACACAAUGCAGAGAUCACAUCAGUUUUACUUUUUCAAGGUUUGCAGGAAUUUGGGGUGCAAGAAGAGAGUGGGGGCCACAAAUUCCAUCCCCAAAGCCCCACUGGUUUUGAUUUCCAAUGUUUUUAUGCUAAGAAUUCCAGUUCCUCUUUGCCCGGUGCCUUCCUCCCUUGUCCCUGCCAGGUUUGGGGGUGAAGCAGCAGCAUUUGAGGGGCUCUGAAUUUCCUAAAAAGUGAUUUUUAUGGGUAGUUUGAACCCGUGGAUUCUUUCCCAAGGUAUAGACAUGGCAAAUUCCAUUGCCAAAGCCACAGGAGGCUUUUCUUCCCAACCUGAAGCACUCGCUUGUGUACAUAUUCCUUGGAAAUUCCAUCUUUUCAAGUUGCUGUUAAUUUUUUUUAAUGUUAUAUAUUAAAAAGUCUCUUCUUUGAGCUGACACUGUUGUGGGGAGGAAUCCCAUGGGGUGUUCCAGGGCUGUGGCGGUUCCGGCAGUGCCGGGUCCUCUGGAGGAUGCAGAUACAAGGUGUGAGCCAAGGCCCCGUUCCUGUUUUGUCUGUUAUUUGCAAAUAUUAUCAGAUUAAAGUUGUCACUGGA